GUGCGGGUGGCCCUGCGGGUGGCCUUGUGGGCAUGGCGGAGCUGCGCGAUGACUUGGCGAGUGAAGCCGUGGCGUCACGGCGGGGCGAUGGCAGGCCGGGACACCUCGGGGACAGCCGAGCGGCGGUGACAGGGACCCCGUGGGGACAGGGGCAGCCCCUCAGAGCCCCAGGGGCGGCCUGGCAUCAGCACGGGGAUGUGGGGGCUUGGGGUCCUCGUCCCCCUCCUCGGCGUGGGCGCCCUGUGGGUGAUCCAGGACCCGUCGGAGGUGCAGGUGACGGCGGGCGAAGGGGUGGCCCUGGGGUGCUGGGUGGUAGCGGCGGAGCCUCCGCAGCUGCUCCGCGUCGAGUGGCUGAAGGCCGCGGGGCACGGGGUGCUCUGCAGCGCCCGCAUGGGCCCCGCCGCCACCCCGGCCCCCUGCAGCCCCCGCCUGCGCCUCGCCUGGCAGCCCCCCUCCGCCACCCUCAGCAUCCUGCGGGCACGGCCGGGCGACGCGGGGUGCUACGUCUGCCGGGUCACCCUCGAGAUCCCCCGCUACGCCACCGCCACCGGCAACGGCACCGUGCUCAGAGUCAGCGCAGCAGCUGACGCAGGACAUGGGGCAGGUAAGCGUGUCCCCGCUGGCCCCUCCGGCCCAGCACCAGCGGUGCUGCGGUGGCGGCCCAGCUGCCGUGUGCUUGCAGGGCUGGCGUGGGGGCUGGCGGGGGCCCUGGGGGGCGCCUUCCUCCUCCUCGGGCUGGCCGUCCUCGGCUACCGGCACUGGCACAGGAGAACAGACACAGCCAUCUACCUGAACGUGCUGCCCCGCUCGGCGCAGACCCCCAAGAAGUGAUUGCCCCCCCCCCC